CUCUCUCUCUCUCUCUCUCUCUCUCUCUCUCUCUCUCUCUCUAUAUAUAUAUAUAUAUAUAAACUUAUUUUUCCAUCAAUAGCGUUCAUUACAUUCUCAUAAUUUCACUACAAGAACUGCAUUACUCCAAAACGUCAUGACAGAGACCAAAAAUAACUCAUCAGAACCUGAAAGCAGCACCAGCGCCAACUCUUCCCCAUCAUCGUCGUCGCCGUCGUCGUCGACGACACCAUUAUCAUCGUCUGGAAUGUUCCAGAAGGUGAAGAAGAAGAAGAAGGCGAGCUCGCUGAAGACUGUGAGAGAGAGGGAGUGCAGCAAACAGAGUCCCGUCAGCAAAAAGAGUCCUGUCAUGUACCGUGGAGUACGGAUGCGGAGCUGGGGGAAGUGGGUGUCGGAAAUCCGAGAGCCACGGAAGAAGUCACGCAUAUGGCUCGGGACCUUCUCGAAUCCCGAGAUGGCCGCCCGAGCCCACGACGUCGCCGCCCUCACCAUCAAGGGCGCCUCCGCCAUCCUCAAUUUCCCCGACCUCGCACACUCCCUUCCCCGCCCCGCCUCACUGGCUCCCCGCGACAUACAAGCCGCAGCUGCCAAAGCCGCCGCCUUGGCUGACGUCGACUUAACAACCACGUCAUCGCCGUCUACGUCAUCAUCAUCGUCAUCGUCGUCUAAUCAUUCGGAGGAUCAGUCGGAGGAAUUGGGGGAGAUAGUUGAGUUGCCGAACAUAGAAGGGACGUUUGACUCGCCCGAGUCCGCGGGGAUAAGCGAGUUCAUGCUAGUUGACUCGGUCGACAGUUGGGUUUACCCGCCUCUGGAAGUUGAGCUUGGAGUGGGAGGUGGUCAAUUCUAUGGUGAGUUUUUUUCUGAUCAGAUUUUGGCAGCUGAGAGUUUGGUUCCCAGCGACACUAGUACUAUUGAAGGUCUAGUACUGUGGACUAGUUGAAUAUUGAGUAUAAUUGGGGUGUGCCUUUUUUUUAAUUUUUUUUUUCUCAUCAUCUGAUCCUUAAUCCACAGCCGUUUGAUUGAUCUAUACAUGUUGUUUUACCUUUUUUUUUCCUAACAUUUUCACGGUCGAUAUUGUAAGAUAAUGAUGAAAGAUUACAAGUUCAGUGCAUAUAUAACAAUAUUUAGCACUAGUUUUA